GCCUACGGCGGCCGGGAGGGCCCGAGCGCGGCGGGCGCGGCGGCGGGAUGGAGUCGGUGGUCUUCAUCUUCUCGCUGAUCGACUGCUGCGCCCUCAUCUUCCUCUCCGUCUACUUCAUAAUCACACUAUCAGAUCUGGAAUGUGACUACAUCAACGCUAGAUCGUGCUGCUCCAAGCUCAAUAAAUGGGUGGUGCCUGAGGUGAUUGGCCAUGCUGUUGUCACGGUAUUAAUGCUUAUUUCAUUGCACUGGUUCAUCUUUCUCCUUAACCUGCCAGUGGCCACAUGGAAUAUAUAUAGGUACAUUAUGGUGCCAAGUGGAAACAUGGGAGUAUUUGAUCCCACAGAGAUCCAUAACCGAGGACAACUGAAAUCACACAUGAAAGAAGCCAUGAUUAAGCUGGGCUUUCAUCUGCUCUGUUUCUUCAUGUACCUUUACAGUAUUAAUCAACAGAGCACUUCUUGAUUCUAAGGAGAAGGACCACAGGAAGAGCGACAUGAAGGAUUGUUUCCCAGGAUCACCUAUGAGGGAUUAGGAGACUCUCAGCCAGCCUGUAGCACUGGGGGUUCUGCUGGCUAGAAAAGGCAAAUUCCUCAAAAGAAAGUGAGUUAAGAAUAACCUUCACAGUGCAGAGAAAGAGAGGCAAAUGAAUGGAUCUCCUCAAGACCCCUUUGCCAUUCUGAUCAUUAUUCCUGGACUGCAUUAGAUAUUCUUGUGUCUAUAGCUAAAGUGAUUUUUAAGGGAACUGAGUCAUGUCUGACAUCAUCUGACACAUCCUGGAGCUUGUCUGGAACAGAUACAUUUCUUUUUACAACAGGAUUAAGGUAACCUGUCACUUCAGUGCAUUUGAAACCCAUGAGGAACAAGAUACAGAAGAUAUUCCUCUUGUAAUGAUAGCACUCUGUGGCUGUUACUAUCUUCCAUACUGCCCUCAUACUUCCCUCCAAAUACCAUAAAGCUGCUACACCAUGCUCUAAAACAGCAGUCAGUGGUAUUUCAGGCAAACAUUCCCAAAUGUAGUCAACCUGCCUCCCACCCACCACCAAAAGAAAUCUCAGCACUCCUAUCCCUUACAUACAGCUUCCCAAAUUUUUGUUGAGUAUGACAAGCAACUGUUCAGGCAUCAACUCAAGUCUGCAGUAGCUGAACUCCUUGGCUGAAAUGCCAAAAACCUGUCAACCAUUUUUAGAACGUGCAGAAGGGAUUUUUAAAGCAGCCAGUUAAAGGAGAACUCUUAACAAAGAAGAUGCAUGUUAGACAAGGUGAUGCACAAUGUGCUCAUCCUUUGUGCUCCACAGAGACUCUGCCACACUUCUUGACAGUCAAAUAAUGCAUCCCACACAAUCCUAGUCAACUCAAGGCACUAUUUAAUGCUGCCGAGUCUGCAAGAGAACUUUGAAAUUAGCACACAAAAAUGACAACACAAGCAUAGGUUAAGACAGUCUAGACAUGUGGCUUGGUCUUAGACAAGAGUAAGAAAUUCAAGAUAUAAAAUUAAGACAACACAUUGCAGCAGUGUCCUUACACUUCAAGAGGGGUGAUGAAGAAAGGAAGGGAGAAAUGAAGGAUUCUCACACAUGUGAAAUGUGUGUGGAAAAAUCAAACACUUAAUUCAAAACAGGGCUCCCCCACCACUUGCCCAGACAUUGCUGGACAUUUGUUUCCAUGUUGUUUAUGCAAACAGAUUAGAUAUACAGAAUUAUUCUAAAGUCUUGAAAAACAGAUUAAAUUUACAGGUCAAAAGACAUUGACAACUGCUACAGGAAAUGUGAGAAGUAUGUUCUGGCAAAUAUGAAAAUGAAUCACUUGAUGUGGCCUAAUGCUAUUUAAGCAUCCACCUGCUUGAAAGGGUUUAAAUUUUUUUAAAGCACUCAAAAUAAAAGAGACAAACCAAUAAAACCCUACAAAACCACUUUCCCACUUUUUUUUUUUAUAUAUUUUUAUUCUUUAGCAACACUUGGUCAAAAGCUUAGUCUAAAUACUCACAAAACACUUAUGUGGUUUUACUAAGCAGCUAUUAGCUAACAAUUCAUUUCAAGAUGUGUUAAUCAAGAUGUUUGGUAUUAAAACCCAUCAAUAUAGAAUGAAGAUGUGCAUCUACAGUCAAGUUACAAGUUAAAAACUUUUGAUCCUUAAUUCAUCUAAAUGACUCCUAAAACCAACACACAAAAUACAGAUAAUUUCCAAAAUAAACAACACAGAAGUCAGCUUUGCUGCUAUGCAGCUCUUGGCCCCAGUAUGACACAAACCACAGUAGUCCUAUGCCUGAACAAGCCAUGGUGUCUGUUAGUUCUGUAGCUACAUAACAAUUAUGCACAUAGAACAGGGUUUUAAAGUCCUCCCCAUCAUCUUAAUAGCAAAAAAGGGACUCAGAUUAUAUGGCUUCCUAACCUGAAGUGAAAGAAAAGGAACUCUGCUUUCAAAUCCUACCAAACACCAGAAUGGAAGUGUAGAAACCUUUCAUUUUCCACCUCACAUAACAGCCAGCAGCUGUGUGGUUAAAAAACCGUAGGGAUCUUAUUUCUGAUAGUGUUUCACAAGCAUUAGCAACUUCAAAUGCUUUGUGUAUAUGCUCAGGUUUAUCCCCAGUCUUCAGUUAUUAUGAAAUACAUGGACAUCAUAAUUGCUUCUCUAAGUCAAAACAGGAUUAGAUUCAUCAAUCAACCUCUUUAUUUACAUACCAAUAGAUAGGUGUAGGAAAGAUGUAUGAAACAUUCUACAGCUACAAGACUUACAAGACUUUUACAUCACAGGGAAUGGGAUACAACAGGGGUACAGUCCAUGUCAGCCUGUCCUGCAAGAAUCACACCAUCCUAGCAGGAGAAAACUGAGAGGAAAGGGAAAGACAAGUCACAUUCUCAAAUUUUGC